GUCGGCGCGUGUGGCGGCCAUCAACGCGUGUCAUCGGAAGCAAUGGACAUCACGUUUCUCGGAACAGCCUCGGCCCAGCCGUCUCCCACACGCAAUCACUCGUCGCUAGCGUUCCGCCCGGACGCCAACGACGUGUGGCUAUUUGACUGUGGCGAAGCCACGCAGCACCAGCUCAUCAACUUGAUGGCAGACUACGCUGAUCUGGCGAUCCCAGCACGCGGAAACACUACCCAAGCGAAUUCAGCUCCGCGACUCGCCAAGAUCUCGCGCAUCUUCCUCACCCAUCUGCACGGAGACCAUUGCUUCGGUCUUCCCGGUCUGCUCUCCACGGUAGGGUCGAUCGCGCCGACGAAUGCAACCACUCUCGACAACGGAACACCGUCUCGCACAUCCAACCCGGUGCAUGUCUACGGACCCCAGGGAACCAAAGCAUACGUCCGCAACAUGCUAUUGCACACGAUGACACGCAUUGGCACCGGAUUUGUCGUCCAUGAGCUGCUGAUGGAGCCUACCUCCUUGAGCGAAAAACUCCACAUUGACGAAGUCGAAGGAGAGGACUACGUCGCGCAAGUCACUGCUUCUGCCCAUGCGUACUGGAGCCUUCCCAUCAUAAAUGGAUUCACAGUCACGGCCGCGGCCAUCCCGCACACCGUGCCUACUGUGGGCUACCUAAUUCGGGAACCCACUUCUCCUGGUCGGCUCAACAUCGACUUCGUCCGUCCUAUUCUAGAACGCAACAGUGCCGCCCUGGGACUCAAAACCCCCCUCGCGCUGCUGACGCAAUUGAAAAAUGGCAAGACAAUGACCAUGCCCGACGGGACGGUGCUCACUCCAGACAAUUGUCUCGCCCCAUCACGUCCUGGUCGAGUCGUCGUGAUCCUUGGCGACACGUCGAGCGCAAUCGACUCUGCGUUUGUGAAUUUGGUGCAAGGGGACGACGUCGACUUGAUCGUACACGAAGCCACGAAUGCGUGCCUGCAGUCGGACAUCACAGCUGGUUCAUCGCGUGAAGCGGUUGAAGAAACAGCCAAGUCCCAUGGCCAUUCGACUCCAGAGUUGGCUGGAGCGUUCGCCAAGGCCAUCGGUUGCAAACGUCUGGUAUUAAAUCACUUCUCCAACCGAUACAAGGGCGACGCCAGCGAGAAAAGUGUUCAAGUCAUGGACGAGGUGCGGCAGCUUGCCGUCGACGCGUUCGGGAGCGACAACGUUGUGUGUGCCCGGGAUUUUAUGCAGGUCACCAUCGCCCCGCGAUUAUGAACCGGGCAAUCGUCUUCCAACAGCAGGAGAAACACUGGCGAAUGCGACGCGCCUAGCUGGAGCAGCACAGCCGCACGUGAUGGCCUAGGUGGAUAUCCCAUAAAUGCAACAUCUACGUGUUGACAA